AUGGAUUUUCAGAAUGAUGAGAUGCCGAAUGGAUGGCCACUGGGUCUUGGGUUUUUGAAUAUAAAGCUUAGAGUUACAGAGGCACCCGCAGCUGCACCGGUGGAGCCUUUCUCAUCGAUGCAGAUGCCAUCCACCAGCUUCUCCUCAUUCUCAUCCUCCAACCUUGAUACUGAGUCAACAGCAUCUUUCUUCCAAGACAAGAGUGUAUCCCUUGGGCGUCUUAUAGGAAUAAGAGGAGGGGAGAGAGGACGAUUGUACUUGCCAAACACGCUGAGGUUUGAAGACACUACUGAGAAGAAAACAUUAGGAGAUGCUUCUUGUUCUGAUUCAUCUAACUCAAAGGUACAAGAAGUGGAUGUGUCUGGAGGCAUUUGCAUACCCACAUUACUUGAUGUCCUGCUCAGAAUCAGCACCAAAACUAAGAGAACUUCAAGGAACUAG